AUGUUAGGGUUAAACAGUACUAGGGCUAGGCACCUCGAAAAUAGUCUUUCUCAAUACUUCAAAAUAAAUUCGGCCACCCUCGGAAUCUCAACCUUCUUGAAAUUCUAUUUCCUGGCAAACAAAGUCUCCACAAACAACAGAGCAUGGAUUUCUCAUCAUUUUAGGGAGGUUUUGCGCUGGAAGCUGCUGAUUGAGCACACCAGCUCGAAGCCUUUAACCUGGACUUCCAUGAUGAAGAACUAUUUGAUGGGUGAUAGGUGGAGGUUAAUGUCGAAUAAUAAGAUGCUAUCUCCACACAUCAGAUGUUCAUUCCCGGAAGACCUGUUUAGUUUGAUAGAAGAUGAAUAUGGGCUUGAAAAGGCGAUGGAAAUUUGCAAUGUGUUGAACGAGGAGCCAGUUAGUUAUCUGAGAGUCAACACUUUGAAAAUUUCAAGAGAUAAGGCAUAUAAAUUCUUGCUUCAUAAGGAAGCACUAAAUACACCGUUUGUUCCAGCCAAUUUACACAUAACAUGUGCUUCAGGUGUGCCCGUUGAAAAGUGUUUUUUUUCAAACUCUGGCCUAUUCGUUACAGAUAAAAGGAAGUUGCUUGAAUGUCCGGAAUAUAAAAACGGGAUUGUGGAAAUUCAAGAUGAGUCAAGCCAGCUGAUAGGGCAGAACAUACAUUGUAAAGAAGGACAACACGUGCUUGAUUUUUGCUGCGGGACUGGUGGAAAAUCACUCGUAAUUGGCCCAAAGCUCGCAAACAAGGGGAGAAUAUACCUACAUGACAUUAAUGAUAAUUAUUUGUUGAAGGCAAAAAAAAGAAUGUUCAAAGCCGGAAUUAGAAAUUACUAUAUAAUUGAUAGGAACUUGGAGGACUUUAAAAAGUUUUAUGGAAAGAUGGAUUAUGUUAUUGUGGAUGUGCCGUGCUCGGGGGUGGGAGCUUACAGAAGUAACCCCGACAGGAAAUGGAGCUUCAGAACAGACCAAUUGACUAAAUUGAUUAUGAACCAGAGGUCGAUUGUGGAGCAGUCGAUACCCUUUUUGAAAAAGGAUGGGAAGCUCGUGUACAUCACCUGUAGCAUUUUUAAACGGGAGAAUAACUUACAGGUGGAUUUCUUCUCAAAAAAGUUUAAUUUGGCUGUUGAGCAGCAAACACUACAACUCCCCGAAUCUAGGGGAAUGAACGGGUACUAUAUGGCCACUUUAGUUAACAAUUCCCUUUAA